UCGCCUUGACAAAUUGGUUUUGUAUAUAAGUCUUUAGGGUCGCUUGGAUCUGUGUCAUUUGAUAUCAAAUCGAAUUCAAUAUGUUCAAGCUCUGCUUUGUCGUUCUCGCCGCCGUUAUGGCUUUGGCUUCUGCCGUCCCUCACCCUGGCCCAGCAGCUGACCCAGCACCAGCACCAGCCCCAGCCCCAGCACCCAAACCACUCGUCUACUCGUACCCAUACUCCGCUGCUGUGGUUGCGCCCUCUGUCUACAGUGCAUACGUACCUUCUGUGCCUGUAUACGUCUGAUCUACUUCAUAAGUCUCUAUUCUUUUUGGUUUAUCAAAACUUUAAAAUCGCUUAUUAAUUAACAUGUAGAUUUAUUUGGGUUGAAUAAAAAUUAUUUUCAUUAUUUAA